AUGGGAUCCGUGGACGACGAGGACGAGUCCCUUGGCCUCAGCUCCUUCUGCCAGCAAGCCGUCGCCGGUACACACGCGUGCCAAUCAGGCGGCGGCGGCGUCUCGGCGCUCAGGGCACCUGCGACAGGAGUCACGGAGGACCCCUAUGGCAGGCCCCACCGGCCGGAACUCCGGGACGGCACCGACUUCACGGGGAUCCUCCCGGACCACGCCUUCGGAGUUAACCGGGGCUCCUUCCGCAGGGGCUGGGCGGGGCUGGCGGACCGCGAGCGCAACCACAACGGUUCUGGCGCGAUAGCGGACAAUGACAGCAGCGCUGUCGGCGCCGGCGCCGGCGGCCUCAAGGGGGGCGGGCAGGUGCAGUGCGAUAUGUUCGACGGCUCGGGCGACUGGUUCGGGGCCAUCGUGCUGUCGCACGACUGCAUCACCAGAAUGGAGGGGCAACGUGUUUAA